AUGGCUGGCGCUGUUCCAAGCCGCUCUCGAGUUUACCCUGAUGUAAACACACAGAGACCUCGGGAAUACUGGGACUAUGAGUCCCAUGUGGUUGAAUGGGGAAACCAAGACGACUAUCAGCUUGUCAGUAAACUAGGGAGAGGCAAAUACAGUGAAGUGUUUGAAGCCAUAAACAUCACAAACAAUGAAAAAGUGGUCGUAAAAAUACUGAAGCCGGUCAAGAAAAAGAAAAUCCAGAGGGAAAUAAAGAUCCUGGAGAAUCUGCAGGGGGGCCCAAAUAUCAUCUCACUGUUAGAUAUCGUCAAAGAUCCCGUGUCACGAACCCCUGCUCUGGUCUUUGAACAUGUGAACAACACAGACUUCAAGCAAUUGUACCAAGCCCUGUCUGACUUGGAUAUACGGUUCUACAUGUACGAACUCCUUAAGGCCCUGGAUUACUGCCACAGCAUGGGGAUAAUGCACAGAGAUGUCAAGCCACAUAAUGUAGCGAUUGAUCACGAACAAAGAAAGCUCCGUCUAAUCGAUUGGGGUCUGGCAGAAUUCUACCACCCAAACCAAGAAUAUAACGUGACAGUGGCAUCCAGGUAUUUUAAAGGACCUGAACUGCUGGUCGAUUACCAGAUGUAUGACUACAGCUUGGACAUGUGGAGUUUGGGUUGCAUGCUCGCCAGCAUGCUCUUCAGGAAGGAGCCUUUCUUUCACGGUCAUGACAACUACGAUCAGCUGGUGCGGAUCGCGAAAGUGCUCGGCACCGAGGACCUGUACGACUACAUCGACAAGUACAACAUUGAACUGGAUGCACGGUUCAAUGACCUUGUGGGAGGACACUGCCGCAAAAGGUGGGAGAGGUUUGUGCACAGCGAGAACGAGCACCUGGUCAGCACCGAGGCGUUAGACGUCCUGGACAAACUGCUGCGCUACGACCCCCAGGCCCGUCUCACGGCCAGAGAGGCCAUGGAGCAUCCCUACUUCUAUCCCAUCGUUAAAGACCAGGGACCGGGGGACGCUGCAGGAGAGACGGCUUCCAGCUCCUCACCAGUCAGCUCCUCCAGUGAGACGGCCGACAUCACCUCCAUGUCCUCCUCACAGCCACUGGCUAACGAGGCUGGAUCUCCUCCUGUCAUGUCUUCCCCCGACACUCCGGCCACACAAGUCCCUGAAGCCACAGAGGCCCAACCCUGA